AUGGUAGCGGAGCCCGGCGCGGAGAGCCCCGGCAACCUGGGGCGGCCCGCCGGCGCGGGAGCCGCAGCAGGGCCGGCCGGGCCCAGCGGAGGCAGCGGCGACGAGUGGGAGCUCCUCGAGGUCCAUCGUGGCUGGAGGAGAGUGGCGCGGUCGCUGCGCAAGCUGUUCAGACUCAGGAGCUACGAUUUCACGGCCGAGGUGCAGCGGCUCGGCCGCGCGGCCUGGGCUAGACCACGGGUGGAAGGGCUUGUGCUGCAGCCUCGAGCUGAGUCGUUCGUGGACACUCGCGCGCUGGGCAAGCCAGAUAUGUUCAUGGGCGAAGAGCACAAGUGGAACGAUUGGAAGGAGAUCUUCAAGGCGUACUGUGGCGUUGUGAACGCUGACUUGCUGGCAGGGAUGCGGCUGGCAGAGAGUGCAGACGAGGCCUCAGUCCAGAUCGACGACUUCAUAGAGGAGAACAUGAGGCAGGCUUCGCAGCAGUUGUACUACAUCUUGCUCCUCCUCUGCCGGCAGCACCCGCUGACGACGAUCGCGAACGCUGGCGAGAAUGAGGGCUUCCAGGCUUGGCGCAAGCUGGUCGAGUACUACGAACCGACUGCGAGGUCCCGCAUCGCGGGACAGCUGCUGAAUCUCAUGAAUUUCACGUUCACCGGCGAUGUCGAGGACCGGCUGGCGCUGUUCGAGCGAGAGCUCCUCAGGUGUGAGCAGAGGAGCGGCGAGGCCAUCACGGCCCCCAUGAGGAUCGGCAUCGUCCUUCGGCAGCUCGAGGUCACCGACGUCCGCCGUGCCCAGAGCGCCAUCGCCCCAGUGCCCGUGCCCAUGGAUCUGAGUGCGUUCACCAAGGGUGACGGCAAGGGCAAGUCCAGGGGCGACGGCAAAGGCAAGGGCAAGUCCAGUGGCAAGGGCAAGAGCAAGGGCGACAGCAAGGGCAAGUCCAAGUCCGACGGCAAGGGCAAGACCGGCAGCAAGUCGCAUGGCCAGCAGCUUGGACCCCUCUGCUGGGGCUGCGGCGGUCACGGCCACACCCAGCGCGAAUGCCCAAGCAAGCACAGGGGGACGUUGGCGAGCAUGGAGCAGACGCUGGCUCGCAUCAACGCCUCCCAGUCGACGAGUAAGACUGCGCCGUCGGCGGCCAGCUCUAUCUCGACGGCUGCGACUACGAGGCUGAGUCCGGCGACGGCGAUGUCCGGCGCGAUCUCUCGGCAGGUCGCAGCACUCUACCUGAACGACGCGGGCGAGCAGGUCAGCUACCCGUUCGCGAACUUCCACCCCCUCAUUACCUACGACCCGCGGCCGGACAAGGAGGUCAAGCUCAACGGCAUCUUGCGCGCGGGCAUCGACUCGUGUGCGGCGGCCUCGGUGCUGCCGCGCGGCUCGUGCGCAGACUACCCGGUGCACGAGGGUGGCCAGGCUAUCUCGUACAAGACCGCCCCCGGCCACUACGUGAACGACGAGAGCGAGAGGAACAAGGUCUACGAGAUGGACAUGCACGUUGACCCGUACGUGCCUGAGGUCUGCCCGGUCGAGGUGGCAGGCCGCGAGCCUCCCGAGGGCGAGGCCGGCCAGCCAGGCGCGGCUCACGAGGAGGUCGCGGAGGGCCCGCCGGCACGGCCGGCGAGGGGGCCCGCAGCGCCAACGGCGGCCGAGCGAGCCGCGCAUGAGGUUCUGCACGAGCUCUACAGGGCACGGUGCCGGGAGUGCGUCUCCGGCAGGGGCCUGUCCGCAGGCCAUCAGUCGAAGGACCGCCAGGAGUCGGCGCUCGCGGUGGUUGGCAUCGACUACGGCUACCUCGGUGAACGAGAGGACGCCGCGCCUUUGCUGGUCGGGAAGGAUUCGAAGCAGCGUUGGUUCCACGCGUCGGUGGUUCCAUCGAUGGGGACGCAGCAUCCCUGGCAGGCGAAGUCGUGGUCCAGGAGGCUGGCAUCGGCUGGCCGCAAGCGCUUCGUCUUCCGCUCGGACGGCGGAGCGCCGCUCGUCGCCCUGAAGACCCGCGUCGGGGCCAAGCUCAAGAAGGAGCACGGCGUCGAGACGGUGCCCGAGGAGAGCGCGGUCGGCGACUCUCAGGGCAACGGCCUUGCCGAGCACGCGGCGCGCGAGGUCAAGGCCAAGGUUAGGGCGGCGCGGGCGCAGGUGGACGACCUCCACGGCGUGAGCAUUGGCGUCGAGCACCCGGUGACCCUGUGGAUGGUCGAGUUCGCGGCCAUGUCCAUCAACCUGGGCAGGCGGGGCGCGAACGGCCGCGCGGACCUGGCUUGCUUCUCGGAGAAGGUCCUGUACCUCCCAGGGGGCAAGCGCAAGGCCAGGAUCGAGGACAAGUUCCUCGCCGGGCUCUACCUGGGGCCCGCGCUUCGGACGGACGAGGUCUACAUUGGCACGGAGGUGGGCGCGCUACGGGCCAGGACCUUCAAGCGGUUGACGGUCGAGCAGCGGGCUGACAAGGUCGCGGACCUCCCGCCCCGGGCCCCCCGAGUCGGGCGGCCACCGGCAGGGCCGCGGGCCGCCUACAUCAGGAAGGACGUCGAGAUCGCGAAGUACGGGGCCCACUCAGCAGAGCGCCGCGCUCGGAUCGAGCAGGCGAUGCAGGACGACGAGGAGGCGAAGCAGAGGCUCGAGGAUGCCCGCGAGCGGAAGCGGCAUCGCACUGACGUCGCCGGGCCUGUCUACCAAGGGGGCGGCUCGUCCGGUAGUGGUGGUCCAGCCCCAGCCCAGCAGGCGCCGCCAGCACCUGAGGCCGCGGCGGCGGCCGACGCGGCGAUGGCUCCGGAACCCCACGACCCAGGCGACGACAACAUGCAGGAGGAGAUCAGUGCCCUCCUGCUCCCCCUCGGCUACAGCGGGCGCAAGGCCGACGUGAUGGAGGUCUUCUGCCCGAAUAGGCUUGUGGGCUUUGCCCCACUCUUCGGUCUGGUCCACGGCGGCUCGUUCGACUUGAGGGUUGGCUGGGACCUGACCGACCGCCAGCAGCAGCGACAGCGCCGGGAGCUGAUCGAGCACUACGAGGUGUACUUCAUCUUGGGCAGCCCUCGCUGCGCGCCGUUCUCCAUGCUGAAGUACCUGAGCGAGGACACGGAGAAGCAGCGCGAGGCCUAUGCCAUCGGGUACGAGCAUUUGAGGCUCGUGAUGGGGCUCUACACGCUGCAGGUGAAGAACGACCGCGCGUUCUUGCACGAACACCCCUGGAGCGCGGACGGCUGGGACCUGGACAUCGUGAAGGACGUGAUGGCUCUCCCCGGCGUCGAGGUCGGGCGAGGCGACCAGCGCGCGUUCGGUCCGGUGGUUGCGGACGCGCACGGCGACGGGCUCGCCAAGAAGCCGACAGGAUGGAUGAGUAAUAACAAGGAGGUGUUGGAUGAGGUCUGCAAGCGCUGCCACAAUGAUAUUGGCAUUGGCAGCAAACACCAGCACUCCACCUUCGUCGGCCGAAACAUGCGCGUGGCGGAGAGGUGCCCGGUUAAGCUCCUCCGUGCCAUCCUCCGUGGUCUCCGCCGUCACCUUGGGAACAAGAAGGAUCUCGCGCUUUCGGCCCUGGAUGCUGGGCCGAACGUGGACGACGAGGAGAUCAGCCUGAAGGACUUCGUCGGGAGGUGGCGCGACACGCUGAGGACCGAGUUCCACGACGAUCUCACCGGCCCACCGCUGGACCCCACGCUGGUGAAAGCCGCGAGGCGCCUGGAGAUGGAUUUCAUGCCAUCGAGUACGAAGCGGCUGGGCUACUUGGCGUUCGACCGGCCAGAAGUGCAGUUCACGGCCAAGGAGUGCGCUCGCGGCAUGCAAAAGCCGACAGAGCGACACCUCCGCCUCUUGAAGCGCGCUGGACGCUUCUUGAUCGGGGCGCCGCGGGCUAUCUGGAAGUGGGGCCGACAGCGGGCGCCCACGGUGAUGAACAUCUACUCGAACACUGACUGGGCAGGCUGCCCGAUCACGCGGAGGAGCACCAGUUCAGUCGUGAUCAAACAUGGGCAGCACCUGAUCGUGACGGCAUCGACGAUUCAAAUCCCCAUCUCCAUGAGCUCGGGGGAGGCUGAGUUCUACGGCAGUGUGCGAGCGGCCAGCAGGGCCAUCGGCAUGCAGUCACUGUGCCAGGGCCUAGGUUCCCGGGCGAACCCGGCGGACCUGGGGACGAAGUUCCUCGACCAGGCGGCGAUGCUCCGAGGGCUGAAGAUGAUGAAUGUCGAGCUCUCGGACGCGCCUCUCUCGAGUGCCCUUCAGGCGAAG